AUGGGUGGCCCCAGCUGCCAGUCAUGGCAAGAGCUGGCGGAGCAGCCGCCUCAGCCGAGCGAAGGCUAUGGAAAAGCAUGUGAUAUGAUCGUUGCUUUGCGCGAGCAGAUCGGCUCCAUGAAAAAACAACUUUCGAACCUCGCUCUCCCCAUGAAGACCUACAUCUAUAGCACAGAUGCACCUGACCGGACAGCGCUCCAGCGCGCGUUGAGCUCCGUGGAUGACGCAGCAGCAGCAAUAGGCGCUGCCGCAGUAGCAGCAGCAGAAGCAGCAGCAGCAGCAGAUGCACCUGACCGGACAGCGCUCCAGCGCGCGUUGAGCUCCGUGGAUGACGCAGCAGCAGCAAUAGGUGCUGCCGCAGUAGCAGCAGCAGAAGCAGCAGCAGCAGAUGCUUGCAUCCCCGCAGAAGUGAAGGCCGAGGCAGCAAAGGUUCUCGGUGCCCUUCGCAGCGACAUCACCCAGCAGUCCGCAGACAGCCGAGCGCUGUGCCUGGUUACAGCUGACAAGGCAGACGCCCACGCAGCCAGGAGCCAGCAGCAGCAGCCAGAGCAGCAGCAGCAGGAAGAGCAGCAGCAGCAGCAGGGGGGACCAGGGUUUGCGAAGGAGUUGUAUGAGACGCCCACGCAGCCAGGAGCCAGCAGCAGCAGCCAGAGCAGCAGCAGCAGGAAGAGCAGCAGCAGCAGGGGGGACCAGGGUUUGCGAAGGAGUUAUAUGGCGACUUCAACCUGCAGUUGGGGCCCAUAA